GGGGAGAGAGGCGUGACCUCGCAGCCGGGGAAGGGCGUUCUCUUUGCGGUCACAGCCAUCCCGAGGGGUGGGUCCUGCUCCGGCGAAACGAGGAGAGAGAAAAAAGGAAAACCCACCUUUUUCAUUGUUGGGGACGCGGUGGAAUGUGAUGGUUUGAUCUCGAACGAACUCGGGAAGGGGAUAUACGAGAGAAGUGCUUUCGGGUGAAGGAAAAGGAGGAAAGAGGCUCCGCAGGGCUCAGAUAGAGCGGGAUGAACUUGUCUUCUCCUCCGACUGGGGCCGCAUGAGCAACAAACACUCCAGCCGCCGGUGGCAGUUUUUUGUGGAUUUACCGCUCUCUCUUCCUGACUUAACGACGGAGAGCAUUUUAAGGAUGGAGACUUUGGGAAGAGGAGCUUAACAUGUCAGAGAUGAAGGAUGUGUCUGAAAUAUGACAGAUUCAUCUUCUAAACACCAAGCUGACAGAACGUUAAAAGUCUUACAGCACCAUUUGUAAAAAUCACAGUGAGACAGAUCACAGAUAGAUUCAAGCCACUUUCACAUCUGCCUUCGUCUAACAUUGAGCUAGCCUUGAUAUCAACGCAACACAAAUGUGGACCUCUGCAAACGCUCAAAUAACCUGAAGAAAACAGACGCUAGAAACACAAAAUAAACUUUGUAGCCAUGUCUGACAUGACACAUCGCCACCUGCGGCACAAACUACAAAGUCUCAGUAGACGGCUUGAUGAACUGGAGGAAGCCACUAACAAGCUACAGAAGUCAGAAGAUGAGUUGCUCGACAUUCAGGACAAGAUCAUCCAGGCAGAAGGCAGCAAUUCAUCUUUGCUUGCCGAUGUAGAGGCCCUGAGGAAACGCCUCUUGAAAAUCCAAGGUAAAGAUGAGGAGGUACGCAAAGCGGAAGACCUCUGCCGUACAGUGAGAGAGAAACUGGAAGAGGAAGAAAACCUAACAAUGGAGCUCAAGGCCGAGAUUGAACAUCUACAGCGGAGGAUGGCAGAACUGGAAAAACUGGAAGAAGCUUUUGGUAAAAGCAAGUCAGACUGUUCUCAGCUCUGUCUCAGUCUCAAUGAAGAGAAGAACCUAACCAAGAAGCUAUCAACUGAGUUGGAGGUCCUCAAAGCACGUUUAAAGGAAAUGGAGGGGUCUGAGGUGAAACUGGACAAAGCAGAACAAGCUUUAUCUGCAGACCUAGACAAGCUUAAGGGAUUCUGCCAGACCUUUGAGAAUGAACAUAAGAGGAUACGAGAGAAACAAAGAGAAGAUGAGAAGCAUAUUCUAAAGCUCACAGAGAAACUCGAGCGCCUUGGCAUGUCAGUAGAGCCUGGUCGUGCAGACUUCAUGAGGUCAAGAAUUGAAGAGGAGCUGUCUUCCACAGGCAUCCACACCAGUAACUUGACCGGACGCAAGAAGAGCCUCGACUACAACAUUGGCUUGCUGAAUAAAUCUGAGAAUCAGAAGAACAGUGGUAUUACAGGGUCACCUGAGGAGGACAACAAAGUAAAGGAGUUGACACAGGAAGUUGAACGGCUUAAGAACCGCCUCAAACAGCUGGAAAUUGUGGAGGAUGACCUCAAGAGCUCGGAGUCAAAAAAUGGUGAGCUUCACGAAAAGUUCCAGAUGGAACGCAAGCGGGCUCGCCAACUGAGCGAGCAGGUGGAACAGCUCAGGACGCAGCUGUGUAGUAAAGGUGUAAUCGGCGGCAACGGAACUAGUAAUGUGGAUAAGCAAGGCAAAGGAAGUACUAACAUCUGCCCCAACACCCCUGCCAAGCACCUGGAGAAUGGCAAAGCGGAGAAGGAAGAGAUUGUGAAGGGAAGUUUAAGGCAAGAGAAGCCUAAGUAUCGGAGUGCUGCAUCUGUCACAGAGGCCAGCUCGCCUAAGCACAGGAUCAGGGAGUUGUCUCCUCAGCAUAAGAGAGAAACCAAGCUGAGGACCAAAGAACUCAGCAACUCAGAGGAAAGUUCUGCAAUGUCUAUUAAGAGGACCCUCAGUCCUGCACACAAAAGUAGGAGGACACCCAAAAACCCAAAUAGUCUUAUUUCAUCUGAUAAUGGAAUAAAAGAGAUGGUCAAAGGCACUGAGGAAAAAGCAUACAAGGGAGCCAUGUACAGCUCUUUAAAUACACCCUCCAGUGAUAUUAAAAAAGCGUCUGUUCUGAAUCGCUACCCACCAGCAGCUAAUGACCAGAAGCCACUGAGGAUAGCUCACAGGCAGAGUGAUGGGGAGAGCAAAAAGAGCAGAAUGGAAAAGAUUUCUAAAUUGUAUGGAGGCAGUGACAGUGAAUCAAACAGCUCAGAUGUUGUACUCGAGAACAGUACCACUGCACUAGAGAGGGACACAGAGCUCACUUCAGACCAGGAAUUAAUAGACCCAGUUCAAGAUUCUGCAUCUGUUGCCUCCAGCCUAACCAAGGCUAAUGGAUCUUACAAAGCUUACAGAUCCAAUGUCAAUCAACUGCUGCCAAAUGACCAGGGGUCUGAGGGUCAUUCCUCUGCUUCAGAAACAGAGUCUACUGGUUCAAGGCCCUCAGAACCAGAGACUGUAAAUGAAAUGACUACUAAAACCCAGAGCAGUAGGACUGCAACCUCUAGAUAUUCCCAUGUCAAGGACACUUAUUCAGAGGGCUCCUCCUCCAGGAGCUCAUUUGAUGAACAACUCCACAGCAGAGCAAAUCUAGCUGAGGGAGGCGGUAACACUUCAUCUGUGCUCGAACUCCAACGAGUUUGCAGUCCACGUGAGGCACUUUGGUCAAAAGCAGUAAUCAAACCCGCCAUUGUUGAGAUCGACAGGAAAGAAAUUAUGAUUUCAGAGCCCUUGUCUUCCAACGGCAAGCCCAGGAUAUCCACCAAACCCAUGUUGACCAACACCAGUAAAAUGACCAGCAGUAUAACAAUUUAUCCCAACGACCCAAGCUCCUCCAGAACCAGCAGCUGCAGCAGCAGUGUGUCCAGUGAGCCCUUGUCCGCCAAGGAACGCCACACAUCCACAAGUAACUUUCUCAUAGGCCCUAGUAGCGAACACCAUGGCAGCAUCUCAAUCCCUUAUGAAAUCUCCAUCCCCAAGAGCGAGAUAACGAUGCGGCCAAGCCAGGACCAGGAAUCUGGAUCAGAUAACCAGAAUGAUUCCUCGUUCAAGUCCAGGCUCCACAGCACCUCCAGAGUGGAGACGGCCUUGAGGCACACGGCCUACCAACGAAGCAACUUUAGCCGCCGGUCUCCAGACACAAACUCUCCUGACCUCAGCGACAUGGAUUCGGCCUUCGAAAGCUCCAGUAGCACCACCACCUUCACCAGCUGUCAAAACCAAAGUCAGAGGCAGCACUCCCUGGAAGAGCAUUUAGUAGACAUGAAGAAUGUAACUGUGAGAAGCACCUGGAAGAACAAAGACAUUGCCUCUGAUGAUAAGGGUAGACGAAGAGCGGGUGGAAUGGGUUCUGAGGAUGAGGCAGAAACAGCAACAACAUGGAGGGCUUAUCUCGCAACAACUGUUGACUCUGAGGACUCUGUGAGCCACGGACCAAGAACUGGCGGGAUUGUUUCCACUGCAAAGUUAGCCAAGCCAUCCCCUGCAGAUAUGUACAUACGGACCAUUGACAAAGAAGCUGAGGAAUCGGCGCUCCAUCGUGGUGGAAGCGCCAAGUCUCCCUCCCAUGAACUAGGAGCCCUGGGAAGGACCGUGCCUCACGCACCUGUCACCUCUCAGUCCUGGAGCCGCUCGUACUCGCAACGACCACAGGGUGCCAACGCCGACAACGUCUUGUGGAGACAGCACCUCUCUGCCACAAGCUCGUACGAUCGGACCGCCAAGACGACGGGGAUGUCAUCCAGAGGGGAGCAGUGGUCCAGUCGGGGUCAAGCGUCGGGAAAGAGCGGCGCGGGGAGCCGGGUGUGGAGCCAUCGCCAGGCUGAACAUCAUUAGCGCAACGUAGAGGGAGGGCAGAUGGCCAGAGUAGGAUUCAUGCACCACCAUCUCCAGCACACUGCAGCUUCUAGAACAAGCAAGAAAACGAUCACAGCCAUGGUAAAAAAAAAAAAUAAAAAAAAAUAAAAAUGUAUAAUAAUGGUAAUAAAAUAAAAAAAUGUAAAAAAAAAAAGGAAAGAAAGUUAACUGUAACCUUGAAUGCACAUUGAGAUGUAAACAUCUCCUAUUCCUCUCCUGCCCGGACCAUCGUGGAAGGGGAGGACCUCGCCGCCGCACGAAUCCUCUUCUGCUUGUUUGGAUGUAUUAUAAAGUUACCUUAUAGUCUCGACAAAGAAGAGGCUCCUGCGAGGGCCGUAUCAGUCCCGUCACGUCAUCUCACAGCAAAGUGCCGCGUCGUGCCGAUACUUGACAAAGGAUGCCGACUUUCAGUGUGACCCAAAAACAGGAAGCAAAUUACUCAGUUCUGGAAGGGAAAAACACAAAACAAAAACUCAUUUUCACUGCGAGACUGUCUUGGCAUGUUUGGAAGCAUGCCUUCACACACUCUCACACACACACACACACACACACACACACAAGUACACACUCUUAAUCAAAGGGUUGGGGAACCUGCAACCUACAAAAUGGGACAAUAUCAUCUGGUCCGUUCAAUUCUGAAGACCUCAAAGGAACUGCUCUAAAGCAGUUUAGGUUUAACAUUUAGGCCAUAAUUGUCAUAUUUAAUCAUAUUUGUCCUAAAAUAGGUUCCCCAACCCUUGCUUUGUAAAACCACUGGGACCGUUUUUGUGCUCGGUCAUGAUUGCGCACAGUAAUUUGCUUCCUGUUGUGUUAUCAUUUUUCCUUAGUUCUUUCUGCUUCCUCAAUCCAAUGCAAUGAACAUGUAGGGGAAAAUAAUGGUUCUUUUUAAUUAUUCAUAUAAAAAUUUCCCAUGGUGCUUUAUUUUCUUUUGAACUGUCCUCGUUCAUGUGUUUGAGAGACCCGGGUUACCAGCUGACAGUACUUUGCACAUCCUCGGUGAUGGGGGCGCAAUCGGACGGUUUAACAUGGAUUCUAUUCAUAGGCUGGCCAAAUAUUGAGUUAAUGUGAAAUUUGAUGCGACAAAUUGAUGUGGAAAUCACACGAGUGGCAAAAGUUUUCUUUUUUUUUUUUUUUAGAAAUAAAAAAAAGUCCCACAUCUAGAUGUAUUCCUAACCAAUCUGAGAGGUUAGCAGGAUCCUUUUAGAAAUGGUGUAUUUUCUCAAAAUUGCAUUGCAAAGAGUGAAUUUCCCAGCCAGAAAUGACCCCUUCAACAAACAAAAAUUUGCUUUAAGGCAGCAUUUUGGCCAGGGCAUGAAUCAUUCAUGCCAUAUUAUUGUUGUGAGAUAAAAGAACAAUCACUGGACAUAGCAGCAGCGGCGCUGCCAUCGAAAUACGAUCCACUAGAAACCUCACAGACUUGAAAUGAAAGGUUUGAUCCUUGCAGCUCACGACCAAUCACCAUCAUCCAACUUCUCAAAAUCCAUCCUUUGGACACAAAAUAGCUUUAGUUUACUACUGUCUUUCAUUCUAUUCAGUAAUUGGUUUGCUCUGGUUUGUAAUCAGCUAAGUUGUCAUUACUUCUGGACAUUGGGAUACGGUAGAGAAAUUGAGCCAAGGUUUGUUUAUUGAAGGGGGACACCACCUCCCUGAUGGAUUUAAAAAGUUUUCUUCUUUUUUUUUUAUUUUUUUCUUGUAAGCUUCCCUUUAAAGUUCUCCUCGAAAACCAAGAAAGACCACAAUGUCCUUUUGGAUUUUUCCGUCAGAAAGGGUGUGGCAGCGCCUUCAUGACUCCUGGAUCAAGGAAAAUCCAAACGCUAAGACAUCUAUUUGGGAUCUAUGGGUGCACACGCCAAGAUGUGAUCCUCUAGUCCCUCUUGGCCAAGCGCAGUUUUCCUUUCGAGGGUUUCCAAUCGCCGCAUCCCAUUCCCACAUUCCUCCGAGGCAAAGCUUUUCCACUUAAAGCGAAGACCAAGAAGCCGUCACUGGAUAACGGCAAACGGCUCUCUCGAAGGUGAACGUUGGAGACGAGGGCGUCCGCCUUCGUCAGCGACGUCGUUAUCGUGCUAAGCCGCUAUGACGAUGUUGACGGAUUUUAGGUCUGGUCUGGAGGGUGACAUCACUGCUGGGUUUCUUUUCAGACCAACCUGGUGACACUGAUUUCCACCUGUUUUGCUUAGCCCAAUAAAUUAGCAUCUCGUGUCAGUUUGGGAUUUGGCUAAGGAAGAGCCCCGCUACUGGUUUUCAAAACAUGAACGUCCUUUACGGUUAUCAAGGAUUCACAGGAAUUACAGUUUUACGUUUUGUAGGAUUUCUUUCAAUGGCAAUCUGGUGACACACUGUCUCCUCCCCCCCCUGCUUUGCUAACCAGAUCCAGAUUUUGGUUCGUAGCACCUUUGUGACUAGCAUCCCUCACACCUCCUUAGGUUGCACUUUGCGAAAUAAUUUCUCUCAGGAAGAUCCCCGCUACUGGAAAGUUGUUGGUUUCGUGACGCCUUUCGAGGUUAUCGAAACUCCCUUUGCCGUUCUUCCAAAAGCUUGGGUUACCAUCCCGACAAAGCCUGACGUCCAUGUUUUAUUAGUUGUCCAAAAAUUCUCGAAAAACAAUGUUUUGUCUUUCUUUCCAAAGUAUGACAUCACCGGGCCAGUUUUUUUUUUUUUUAUUAUAUAAAUGAGUAGCCUCCUGGUGACAUCCUGAAUUCCCACCGACAAAUUUGCAUCCCUAGUACCUUACGUUUAGGAUGGACUUUGAUCACAACUGUUGGAAACUUUGUGACAAUGCUUAAGGUUUUUGAUAACUGGCCAUUCUUGGGUAAAACCCACGUCCAGGAACAUCACGUGAAUCGUUUUAAUCGUAGACUGUAGAAUUUCUUUCAAUAGCAACCCGGUAGCACUUGUCCCUGCUAUGUUAUGUUUUAGGGGAAUCUGUCUUCGGAAGAUCAUGUUGGAGGUUUCCCCUUCUAUGCGCUUGUUGGCUUACAAGCAUCCAGAAACAAAGCCCAAUCGCAGCGUUUGUGCGUAAUUUAGCUUCGCCCAGAAAUCCUCUUCUGGCAAAUGUACAAAGGUUUUUUAUUUCAAAGUCGACUUCAAAUGUACUGGCUUUUACACGCUCCCUGUUGUCCUCUACGGCCUCCAUUGUGAGACGGGUCAUGGUGUUACUGGGUAGAGUAAUCUGCACUUAACCAGCACUUAACUUUAAAAUCUGCAAUGGAUUAUCCCCCCCCCCCGUGACCACCAUACGCCCCCCCCACCCCCUUUUUUUUUUGCUGGUCAAAACCUGCUUUGUGUUCCUUUUUUGCUUUCACGACGCCACAUUGACCCACCAGAGGAGUCCUAUGGGGAAUGAGUUGUGGGCCCCCUCCAUCUUCGCCUGUGCCAAAAUCAUUCCGUCAUGUUUGUAGUCCAGAUGGAUCUCCAUUUUAUUUCUUUGACAGAAGAAAAAAAUAGAUGUCUUAUUUUGGAAGCUGAUAGAUUUUAUUUAAGGUAAAAAAAAAGAAAUUUAAAAAAAAAUUUGUAAUUUUGUAAAGUGGGCCUUAUUAAUGGAAUAUAUAUUUGUCCAUCUUGGUUUUAAGAACGAUAUAUAUAUAUUUUUUGUUGUGUUAUGAUACACUCCUGGUGAGUUUUUGUGUGUGUUUUGUUUAAGUACAUUUUUCACAGUCUGGGGGCGGGGGGGUGUCCAUCCAUUUAGGCCGUUAUAUUCAGGGUUUGUGCGUCUUCUGCUGUUUGUUCUGCCAAAGAAAGAAGCGUGCACACAAAUGAGAAUUUUAGAACCGUACCAUCAAUCAAACGGAGGGGCAGAGGUUUUGUGACAUUUUCAUUAUUUGUGUAAAUUCACAUCAUGUGCAGACAUAAACAUGUAAUCACAAUAAAAAGGCUUUUAUGAGUUUGUAUGAGCCGCCAAAGUGUGGAAAGGACAAGGCUGCUUAUGAUUUUUUUUUUUUUUUUCCCCCCCUCCCACCUUUUAGAAUUAAUCCAUUGUGCAUGUUUUAACUUUCCUGUGGCAUGUAGGUAAGCUGCCAACUGUACAGCAGACCAUAUGUAUUCUAAUAAAAAAUAAAAAGCAACCCAUUUGUAA